UUCAUUCGUAGCAGAAUAGAAUUGCAGGGAUAUCUUUUUAUCGUACAUACGUUGCGAAUCACGGAUCUUCAUGGAUAAUGGUGAAUGGCGGUUCGACGAGGGAAACGCACACAGGUCCACGGGUUCUGUGGAACGUUGUGUAGUGGUGUUCCUUGUCCAUCAUGAUGGUAGUUUUGAUCGUUCGGUAAUUUUGCCUGUCGCUGUGUAAUAGCAGCUAACGCGUCGUUUACUGUACGUUCUCAACCUACGAUCUCAAGAAGAUGAAUAUCUCCAUGGAAUCGCUCAGUAUGAUGGAGCUCAACUAUCGGUCUCCAGCGGACAGCCCCAGAAAAAGAUGGAAGCACCCAGACAUAGACCACGGGUGGGCUUGGGCGGUGAUGAUUGCAGCCUUCUUUAUCCAAUUCGCAGCCGCAGGAACCAUUAUGUGUUAUGGCGUUCUCUAUGUGGAGUUCCUUGACUAUUUUGGAGAAAGCCGCGCCAGUACAUCAUGGAUUGGGUCACUUAAUAUCACAACCUUCUCAAUUGCAGGUUUCAUCGCAAGUGUUCUCAGCAACAAAUUCAGUCACCGAGUAACGAUCAUUGUGGGGAGUUUGAUUGCAACUCUUGGUCUCAUCAUCAGUGUUCACUGCCCAAAUAUAUAUUUUCUUUACCUCACUUAUGGAAUCAUUGCCGGACUGGGCAUGGGCCUUGUCUGGGUUGCAAGCAUUUCAAUAGUCACACUCUACUUCAAAAAGAGACGAAGUUUCGCCGUGGGAUUCUCUAUGUGUGGUGGAGGCGUCGGCUUCCUAGUCUUUCCAAAACUUAUGGAUUUCUUGAUUCAAGAACUUUCAUGGCGAGGAGCUCUUUACAUUACUGGGGGACUAUGGUUGAACGGGUGCAUCUGUGGAAUGAUCUCAAAACCCCUUUCCAAGGUCGACGCUUCAUUGCCAAAUAGAGAACAUUACGAGGACCAGCACAAGGCCAAGGUCUGUGAGUCAACGUUGGCCAGAAAAUGGACGUUCUAUCUAUUCUGUGUUGCCCAAGUCUUCUGGAACGUUGGAUUGAUCCUAUUCCUCUACAUUCUGCCAGACUUCGCCCGAUUAUCAGGGCAUGGCAAGGAAAAAAGUGGCUUGUUAUUGAGCAUUUUAGGAGCCGUUAUGCUACCAGCAAGGAUCUUAGCAGGACUUUUGGCUGAUCAUAAAAAUGUGGACAUCAUUUUGUUCAUGACUGUGAUAACAACUACUAUGGGUGUGGUUACUGCUGUGUUCCCAAUGAGCACCUUGUAUCCGGUUUUGGGAGUGUUGACAGCCAUCAUGGGACUAUGUCAGGGGGUAGUCAUCAUGGGGGUACCGCUGAUUUGUGUGGAGGUGUUCGGCCCAAAGAGAUUAACGAGUGCAUUUGGAUAUCUUCAGGCCGCCGAUGGGCUGGGGUGUCUUGUGGCACCGCCUCUUGCAGGUUAUGCAUAUGAUAUGACUGGAACCUACACGAAUGCUUACAUUAUUGGGGGUGUCAUCACUGUUGGAGCUGGACUGUUGUUCUUCGUUCUGUUUCUUUACGCCAGAGGACAUCUCUGUAGGGAAGCCAUUAUAUCUCCAAGUGAGGGAAGUCCGAAAUUUGGACGGGAAAUCAUUCCAUUGACUAUUCCAAAGAUAAAAAUCAAUGACGAGUCGCCAGAUCCUGAUGACUUCACCGACCCAGGUUUCAAGAGGGAAGACACCAAUGAUCUAUCCCAAGAUCUCAACAAAAACGAUUCGUCGGGCUUCAUUGAGAGCGAGGAUAUCGAAGCUGCAGAAUCAAGUGAAGUAAAUGGAAGUAGUGGACCCGAUGAACCGGCAGAGUUGGAAAUUACUGAAGAUGUGGAAACUGUGUCCAUGACACAGAAGAUGGCAUGAUUGACUUUUGGUGCUUUUGUUGUAAAGAAUUAACCAUAAUCUGAAUCCAAUUUACUUAACUGUGCGCAGACGUAACAUUCUCUUCUGCUAACAAAUCUCCAUUCUAGAAUCUCCUUACAAGAAUCUUCAUCCCAUAAGCUCCCCGUUAGAAUCUCCAUCCUAGAAUCUCAAUUCUAUAAUCUCUAUUCCAGAAGCUUCGACGUAGAGUUCCAUUGUUUAAACCCCCUGUUAGGAUAUUCAUACUGUAUAUAGCUCCAUCCCAGAAGCUUCUAGAGUCUCCAUCUUAUAAGCUCUCUGCCUAGACUCCCUGUUAGAAUCCCCAUCCUAGAAUCUCCUGUGAUAAUGUGCAACCCGAUGUGUAUUUCAUUGGACAUCCGUACCAUUCUGCUGUUAGGAUAGAAUUGUAACUUUUUUUAGCAAGCAGACCGACACAGUGUCAUUACGUUUAUCUUCAUCGUUUCGCUGUUUCGUAUUGCGUGUCCAACUUCUUUAAAAUUAGUCACACCCUGACGAUGUAAACGUUUCGAAAAAGCUGAGGAUUGUUACUACAUUACUGCUUGCCGUUUUCUGAACAGUGUGUAUCCAUGUAUUUAAUUUAUUAUUACUUCAUCCUUCGUUAGACUUAUUUCCAUCCCACGUGUUCAACGAAGUGUUGUUCCAUGUACCCGAUAAACCAAUCCUCAAUACAUGUACACAAAUGUAUGUCAUGUAUGUGUUACUGUAAGCAUUUAAAAAUUGCAAAUUGCGUAUGUAUGUUUUGUUGUCAACUUUUUACCCAAAACAUAUUUAAAUUAUUGUCAAAUGCCUCUUGCGAUAUAAUAACUGUUCAAAUGUUUGCUGGAAUGUCUAUGACGCUAUGAGCUUGAACGAAUUAAUGUAACUGUAUCAUAAAACUGCAUAAAUACAUGUAGAGCUCGAUAUCAGUAUUGUUGUAAACUGACAUAUUUUUGUGCCGGUUAUUCUUUCGGUUCGACGGAUUUCUGUUUUCCAAUCAAAGCAUAUUUUUCUGCAAUUCUUAUUUUCGCGUCAGCACAUGUAGAUUAUUUGCGAAUUCUGCGAAAUAAAACGCCAAAAAUACGAGUGGUUUACAGUAUGAGAGGGGGGGGGGGGGGCUGGAGGGAGAUGUACGAGUUGCAUUUUUCACGAAAAAAAAUACAAAGGAGAGUUAGGCAUACGGAUUCAUCUACGUUGUUGUGAAGGUAGAACCUACAUGUAAAUGUGUCAAAGUGUACUUUAUUUUUUCUACUUGUUAGAGAUCCCUGCCUUGGUCCAUUGGCAAAACUAGUUAUUUUUGUAUGGCUUAUACCCACCAAUGAUUGUUAUAGGUAUACAUGUAAUUUCAUAUUAAAGUUAUUAUUUGAAUAAAAGUGUUUUAGUGUUAUACAAAUUAUCUAUGUCUACUGAAUCAUCGGUCAGAACCAGUCCGGAAUCUGAGGAGACACCAGAAUGUAUUUACUGUAUUAUUGAUACAUUUCAAAGCAGGUACAUGUAAUGUGAAUUCGGGAUCCGGUGGUUCCUGGCUGAUAUUU